CGAAUGCUAAAUUAUAUCACGUGACACCGAGCAUCCGGUGCAAUAUGGCGAUCAUUUUGUGAAAAGUUUGGAAAACUUUGUAAACUUUGCGAUUGUCUUAUACCUGUACGUCUAACAAUAAAACGAUCAUAGAUCUACAACAUGAUCAGUGAUUGCUGAUUGAAGUGAUAGGAAGUGAAUAAACCCAACACUCCAGACAUAGUGCAUAGGGGAAUGCACUUGACGGAACCAUCGAGUCCCCGAAUGGCCAAGAGUACCUCACUAGGAGUGUUAGAAAAAGAUGGAGAUAUGUAUAUCGUAGAUAAAGAUGAUAUCCUUGGUCUUACACAAGAUGUGAAGAAUUUCUCCGAUGGGUUAGGAAGGUUGAAGGAACUGUUCACUGAACAAUUUGAUGGUGAAGAGGACCUGAAGGUUUUAGCACACGAGAGAUUGGGAGAUGUACUAUGUACAUUGAAGUCUGUGUUGCAGCGUUACCCACCGCUUAAUACCACCGAACUGUUUUCAGCUGCUGGUGCUCUUAUUGGCAAAAUAAAGAAUUACAGUUAUGAAGAACACAGUGUGGAGGCAAUGGAAGGGGCAUUUAAUGAUGCCAUUGAUCAACUUGCCCUGGAGUUCAGCAGCAGUGUGUCCGAGUACCUCAUGGGAGAUCUGCAACAUGGAGUUAUAGAAGAGGUGAAAACUAAGUCCUAUGACAACUUGCUGUCUGUGUCACGUGAGUCGGCAGAGAAAGAUAAUACAGAGGAAGAGAAAGAGGAACCAGUUGUGCGACUAACAGCUGAACAGAUUGAUUGUACAUUGAUGAAUCUACAAGCAGGUCUUGAGCUGGCAUUUCAACGAGCCAAAGCCUGGUCUAAAUACCUGAAAGAUGUCAUGUCAUACAUAGAAAGGAGAGCACAACUAGAGGUUGAAUACUCCAAGAACUUAUCAAGACUCGCUGUCUCUGUGAAACCUGCACUUACAGAGGAGGGAUUUCUACCUUUGCAGUCGGUCUAUUGUACAGUAUUAUCUCAGUGCUUGUGUUCAGAUGUAGAAUAUGCAAAGACAUGCCAAGCUACAUUUACAUUGUUACAGACCACCAAGUUUGUCGAGCCACUCUCUGCCAGGAGGAAUGAACAUGACAAGACAAGAAAAUUGUUAAAGGAAACAUGGAACAAAGAAGUCAAGAAAAUGCAAGAAUCAGUCAACAACUUGAGGAAGGCCCAGACGCUGUAUGUAACACGGCAACAGGAGUAUGAAAAGGCCAAGGAAUUAUCGCUGAAGACAGAGUCGGACAUUCUGAGUCAUAGUAGUAGCUCUGGAAAUCUCAUUGCCAAAAUAGAUAAAAAGAGAAAGGCAGAAGACGAUGCUAGUCAUAAGGCAGCUGAAGCAGAGACGACAUACAAAGCUUGUGUAGCGGAGGCAAACAACAGACAGUCUGAUCUACAGAGGAUCAAAACAGAACAUCUUGCAGCUAUACGUGAUCAGAUAUUCCUCUCUGAUCAAGUCAUUAAAAAGGUUACAAUAGAUUAUUUCCAGUUGUUACAAACUGUAUCUGCUCCUGUACCUGUUCAGUAUCAUGCACUAUGUGAGGCCAGUAAACAUUAUGAAGCUGGGAGCCAGUAUGGGGAGUUUGUACGAAGAUUACCGGUGUCCACAUCAACACCUGUACAGUAUGAGGACUUUAAGUUUGAACCAUAUAGUGCCAAAGGGGAUGUGGCUAACAGGAAAGUUAGUACACAGUCUAACGAGUCUGAGCCAUCAGACCACCAGUCAGGAGAGUCCUCUCCCAAUCUCAGUUCUCCAAGGAGACAAGAUAAAUACAGGGUACCUGUAAGAGGGGCUUGGACCCCACAGGGCAUGGUUGCUAACAGUGAUACGGACAGUCAGAGUGGGAGCAGCAAGUCACUGGACUCGAGCCCUAGCAACAGCCCCUACCCAUCUGGUCAUAAAAAGAUGGUAUUAUCUGGGUCUAUGGAUGACUUAAUUGAAGAUGAUGUUUCACAUGGUGUUAAACAACUUCUCGCCGUGCCAGGAACAGAUCAAGUUGAUGUUCAGUCAAUUGUCAAGGUUUGCUGUAGCCAACUUUUCUGCUUAUGCUAUACUUUCUGA